GGAGCAGGGGGCGGAGGCAGAGCCGGACUGCGUGCGGCGGCGCUCGAUCGCUCGCGCGCGGCAGCGGCGGUCGCCUAGGCCUCUUCGUUCUGUAGCACGUGACGGUGGGGCCUCUUGUGCCGCUGUCUCCCCUGCAGCGCGGCGCCAGGUGUGCGGUCGGGGGGAGGCGCGGGCGUCGCCGGUGGCCCCCGGGAGGUUCGAGAUCAUGGAAGAGAAGUGGUUGUUUUGUGUGCUGCUGGUCCUUGGCGCUGCAGUCAUUGGAGCUCACGAGGCCCAUGACGAGGAUGCAGUUGAUAUUGAGGAUGACCUCGAUGAUGUCAUUGAAGAGGUAGAAGACUCAAAAUCGAAGCCAGAGACCAGCACGCCUCCAUCUCCAAAGGUCACCUACAAAGCUCCAGUUCCAACAGGGGAAGUGUAUUUUGCUGAUUCCUUUGACAGAGGAACUCUGUCAGGGUGGAUUUUGUCCAAAGCCAAGAAAGAUGACACUGAUGAUGAAAUUGCCAAAUACGAUGGAAAAUGGGAGGUAGACGAAAUGAAGGAAACUAAGCUUCCAGGCGACAAAGGACUUGUACUGAUGUCUCGGGCCAAGCAUCACGCCAUCUCCGCUAAACUGAACAGGCCCUUCCUGUUUGAUACCAAGCCUCUCAUUGUUCAGUAUGAGGUUAAUUUCCAAAACGGAAUAGAAUGUGGCGGUGCCUACGUGAAACUGCUUUCCAAAACCCCGGAACUCAGCUUGGACCAGUUCCAUGACAAGACUCCUUACACAAUAAUGUUUGGUCCAGAUAAAUGUGGAGAGGACUAUAAAUUGCACUUCAUCUUCCGCCACAAAAACCCCAAAACAGGCGUAUACGAGGAAAAGCAUGCAAAGAGACCAGACGCAGAUCUGAAGACCUAUUUUACUGAUAAGAAAACACAUCUUUAUACAUUAAUCUUGAAUCCGGAUAACAGUUUCGAAAUACUAGUGGACCAGUCCCUUGUGAACAGUGGCAGUCUGCUCAGUGACAUGACUCCUCCUGUAAACCCCUCGAGGGAAAUCGAGGACCCGGAAGACCGGAAGCCCGAGGACUGGGAUGAAAGACCAAAAAUACCAGAUCCCGAUGCUGUCAAACCAGAUGACUGGGACGAAGAUGCCCCUGCUAAGAUUGCUGAUGAAGAAGCCACAAAGCCUGAGGGCUGGUUGGAUGAUGAGCCUGAAUAUGUAGCUGAUCCAGAUGCAGAAAAGCCAGAGGAUUGGGAUGAAGAUAUGGAUGGAGAAUGGGAGGCUCCUCAGAUUGCAAACCCUAAAUGUGAGUCAGCCCCUGGCUGUGGUGUCUGGCAGCGACCUAUGAUCGACAAUCCUAAUUAUAAGGGCAAAUGGAAGCCGCCCAUGAUUGACAACCCUAACUACCAGGGAAUCUGGAAACCCCAGAAAAUACCAAAUCCAGACUUUUUUGAAGAUUUGGAACCUUUCAAAAUGACUCCUUUUAGUGCUAUUGGUCUGGAACUGUGGUCCAUGACUUCGGACAUUUUUUUCGACAACUUCAUCAUUUGCAGCGAUCGAAGAGUAGUCGACGACUGGGCCAACGAUGGAUGGGGCCUGAAGAAAGCAGCUGACGGGGCGGCUGAGCCUGGCGUAGUGGGGCAGAUGCUGGAGGCAGCUGAGGAGCGUCCGUGGCUCUGGGUGGUCUACAUUUUGACUGUGGCGCUGCCUGUGUUUCUUGUUAUCCUCUUCUGCUGUUCUGGAAAGAAGCAGUCCGGUCCUGUGGAGUACAAGAAGACUGAUGCUCCUCAGCCAGAUGUGAAGGAGGAAGAAGAGGAGAAGGAAGAAGAGAGGGACAAGGGAGAUGAGGAGGAGGAGAGUGAAGAGAAACUUGAAGAGAAGCAGAAGAGCGACGCUGAAGACGACGGCGACGCUGUCAGUCAAGAGGACGGGGAGCGGAGGCCCAAGGCAGAGGAAGAUGAAAUUUUGAACAGAUCACCAAGAAACAGAAAGCCGCGAUUAGAGUGAAAUUAUCUUAAGAACUUGAUCUGUGAUUUCCUCUCCCUCCUCUUCUCCUGCAAGUGGGGUCCUAGGAGAGGACCUGGCACACCUUCCGUGGAAACUCAGAAACCCUCCAGAUGUCACCUUCCACAGUUUCUGUCGAACACUAGCCCAUGUCACGUCAAACACCCAGCAGUAAAUAAUUGCAGUUGUGACAGAAAGGUCCCCGUUUAUGUAGAAAGAAAGCAUUUAACAUAAUGGUCGUGAAAUGUAACAUGAAGCAACUAACUUGUAUUUUUUUGUUGUUAAACAUCUUUUUUUUAAAAAAUAGAGUGAUAGAACUUUGCCAGUCUUUAAAAUCUUGGCUUAAUUUAAUAUAUUAAUGUGACCGUGCAGAAAUAACACCAACUUUUAGAAAUGCUAGAGGGAUGAACUGCAGUUUGUACAACCAGUUUUGCUUUAAGUUGGUAUUACAAAACAUUCAAGUGUCUCUGUCCCUUGAAAGUGAUGAUCAUGUUUAAUGUACAGUUGUUUGUGGUUAUAAUAGCCUUGUGUUACUUGUUUCCAUUGCUCAAUUCCUAAGGAAAUUGAGGAGAGGGACUGAUGGAAGCCCAAAUUUAUAUAAAGGUUCUGUUUAAAUUGUAUUAAAAAUGCACAUGUAAAAAGAAAAAAACUUCUCACUUGAUGUUGGUUGACCAUAAAGAAUAUGUGUUCUUACGCCCUUGGAACAGCUCAGUUCCCAGACAGCUUUGCAGUCAGUGGAGGAGGUGGCAUAAGGUGGCAUCCCGGCCUUGGUGCCCACACACCAGUAGUGUUUGGGCUGCAGCCCUCUCGAGCAGGUGACUGUAAGGACUGCUACUAGAGGACAUGUGAGCUUGAAGGUAGAGGCAGGUGUUUUCAUCCCAGUUCCCACUGUGUUGACACUGUUUUCCCCAGGUCCCUAGCAUUUUCCUCUGCUCUGCAUUUUUUUCACAGCGCAGCUUGCUGCUCAUUGCUGGAAAUGAUGAUAAGCUCUGCAUAAUGCUAAGCUUUAUUGUGAUUAUGUGUGUUUCUUUUUUAAGCAGACCCACAGCUUUCCAGGGUCAAAGUACAGGAUAGAAUACUAUCUUUUUUUUUUUAUCUAUUUCUUUUACUUUGUGUAAAGACUAGAAGUCUAAUCCAGAGGUGAGCCAAUUCAGAAUUGACUGUAAUUGAACACAGGCUAAAAGUAUUGAUGGGAGGAGUGGCAUAGAGCAUGAGUUACCUGAUUUUUGUAGCUGCUAACCCUUUUUUAUGUUUUCAUUUGAAGUUUGUGUAACAGUUGAGUCUUUAAUUACAUGAUAAAGCAGCCCUGUUAAAAAUGAAUUUUUUUAGUAUGUGGCUUGUAGAAUUUUUUAAAAAGUGAUAGCAGGUUUGUCUUUUCAGACAGAAUGCAGAUGGGUGCUACCAGAGCCUCUCCCCCAGCACAGUGGAGUGAUCUCACUAUUACACCACACUGAAGUGUAUUCAGAAUUAGAUAUUCUUUCAGCUUCAUGCUUUCUUCAGAGAUAUUUCAAAUGUACCGAUGAUACUGUUCCUUGCACUGAAUAUAUAAACACUCCAGAGUGUUUAUAUUGGGUAGGUAUUGGGGAGGAAGUAUAUUUGUAAAAGAUGAAGGCUGUAUCUGUUUAUUUUAUCUUCAUUUUUUUGCUGGUUCACUUAAAUUCUUAUGAGGGUGGGAUGCAUUUUUCUUGCUGUUCAAUGCUUUAUUCUUUUCAUCUGUUGUUCUGUGGUCACAGUGACCUUAGCUAUGUAGCAGACUUUCCCAAAUGUAUUGAGUGCGAAUAAACAGUUACUUAGCAAGACUUGAAAAUAUGUCUGCAGGUUUCUCCUUGAAGCAAAUAUGUGGGAUCAUUGCAUUGCCAGAGAAAUCUGGCCUUUUUCACUCUCCAUUGCUUGUCAUACCUCACAGUUUCUUCCUGCUGAGCUGUGGAAUGACAAGUGUAAAUCAGUAGAGUGUCCAUUUGCCUUUCCAGGGUUAUUUAGCAAAGUUUGUCCAAAACAAAACAAGCCUUUUUUGGUUCUAUUUUUUACUUUUUGUUCAAGUUGCAACCUUUUGAUUAAAUGUCUGAUACAUGAGUGCAGUUCUCAGCUCUUUUAAAAGGCACUUGCAUGGAUUUUACAUGCUGGUUGUCUGCUGUUGUAAAAUGCCCACUCCAUCAGAUGUGUUCCUUGAUUUCUCUUGUCCACAAAAUACUUUCCACUUUUCUCAAAUUGUCACGUUACUAAAUGGUAUUACAUUAAGCCCUGUGUUAAGCAUC